AAAAAAUCCCUAAAAAAAAACAAAAAUCCCCAAAAUCGAGCGAGCGAGAGCGCCAUCCCCAAUUCGAAGAAGUCUCCCCCGAUAUCGAAAUCGUUAUUUCAUCGUCUUUCUCUUCUAGGAGUGCUAGGUGUAUUUUGUGUUAAAAGUUGCUACACUGAGACCAUCUGAAGGAUAGUUAAAGACCAGGAAAUGAGCUUUGGAUUCGGGGUGGAAGAGUUAUGCAGUGUCUGUUAGUUCUGGUUAGGAUAAGGCGACCAAGGUUUAAGAAAUCACAUGAAUGUUCAGGCUCACUUGUCGGGACAGAUAUCUGGGCAGGUUCCAAAUCAAGGGACAAUGCCGCAGAGUAAUGGGAACUCUCAAAUGCAGAAUGGUGCUGGUGUUGGUGCUGGUGUAGGGCCUUCUUCACGUAACAUUGUUGGUCCUAUGGACCAUGAUAUUUUGAAACUCAGACAUUACAUGCAAAACCUUGUGUUUAACAUGUUACAACAACGGCAACCAUCUCAGGCCGAUGCUGCAUCGAAGGCAAAGUAUAUGGAUGUUGCUAGACGCUUAGAGGAGGGGCUGUUUAAGAUGGCUAUCUCAAAGGAGGAUUACGUGAACCGGUCAACGCUCGAGUCUCGGAUUACAAGCCUAAUAAAAGGAAGACAUUUGAAUAACUACGGUCAGCGACAUGCUAAUUCUUCUUCGGUUGGAAUGAUGAUACCUACUCCAGGAUUACCACAUGCUGGGGUUACUACGAUGAUACCUACUCCAAGAUUACCACAUACUGGUGAUAGUCCUAGUUCGAUGGUUACACCCUCCGCUGAUACUACUAUAGCUGGAAACAUCAACAGCACAAGUAAAGCUGUGAACACUGGAAACCUUCUUGCUGCUGGUGGCAUGCAUGGAGGUAAUAUGUCUAAUGGAUUCCAGAAUUCAUCGAGAAACUUUCCUCUUGGUUCAAGAGGGAGCAUGGCAUCCAUGGGUUCUCAAAGAAGUGCUCCCCAAAUGAUUCCUACACCUGGGUUCGUUAACAAUAGUACUAAUAACAACAGUAGUGGAUUUUCUGCUGAGCCCACGGUGGUACCUCAGUCUCAGCAGCAGAAGCAAAGGCAGGAUGCUGGUGGUCAAAAUAGCCAGAGACCCGUCGUGCAACCAAAGCCGUCUAGCCUGGCCAAUAAAUCUGUAAAUGGUGGUGUUGGAGUGAACGGAAAAAGUGUAGACACAGGUAGUUCUUCAAAAAAAUUACAGCAGCCCAUUGAUAACUUCCCCCUGUCAGGAAAGCAGGGGGAAGGUUGUAGAACAACAAAUCCUGACAACUUUGGAUCUAAAAAUUUGCAUGGAGGUGUAACAUCGGUUGGGAAGAUGACACAUGCUCAGAAUAUCAAUCCAGCAAGUGUCCAGUCUGUGUCCAGAGCUAACUCUUCUCAGUCACAUCAACAACAACAAUUUCCGCAACAGCCUAAUCAGAUUCUGCAACAGCAGCAGAAAUUUCCCCAGCAAAAGACAUUGAAGCAGCAGACCCUGCAGCAACAUAAAUUAAUAAGCAGAGAUGGUCCCGGGAAACCUCAGGUGGCUUCUGAAAUGGUUACAAAUGUUAAACAUGAACCUGGAACGGCGAACCAUAGUGAAGCUUUGCACUCCCAAGCAUCUGAACGACUGCAGCUUUCUCAGUUCCAAAGUCAAUACCAGAAUACGGGAGCAGAUCGCUUUGCAGACGCUCAACAUGUCUCAGUUACAAGUCAGAGUAAUAUAUGCACGCCACUUCCUCAAAACAGCCAACAGGUUCAGCAAAUGAUGCACCCGCAGAAUAUGGGCUCUGAUACUAUCAACAGCUUUAGCAACCUAGCUGUUGGAGUAAAAUCAGAAUCCAACCCACAGGAUCAGUGGCCUUCCCAGUCUCAGGGAAACACUCAAAUGUCUAAUGGUAUGUCAAGUGAACAGAACGUUCAGGAAGAUUUCCGUCAAAGAGUUACCGGAAUGGAUGAAGCUCAACCUAAUAAUUUGAUGGAGGGGUCUGUUAUUGGUCAGAAUCAUACUUCUACUACCACAUCCGAAUCCCAUAGUCUGCAAAAUGCUACUGGAACGGCAUGUAGAUAUGGAAACCGCGAUAUCAAGUUCCAGAACCAACAGAGAUGGCUCUUGUUUCUACUUCAUGCACGGACCUGCAAACGGCCAGGAGUGAAGUGCCCGGGACGAAAUUGCGUUACUGUUCAGAAGCUACUGAGUCACAUGAACAGUUGUGUAGAACCUCAGUGUUUGUAUCCUCGUUGUCGUCCCACAAAGUCACUGAUUAGUCACUAUAAAAACUGCAAGGAUCUUCGUUGCCCCGUCUGUGUACCAGUGAAGACCUACCAUCAGCAACAAGCUAAUGCUCGUGCCCAGGCUCGUUUAAUAAAUGAAAGCAGUGCAGUGAGUGGAGUGAACGGAGCUGUAGUAUCAAAUGAUUCACCAUGCGCUACUGAUGGAGCCGUUUCUGGUGCCCCUGGCUGUGCUGAUAGUGUAGAUAAUUUGGAACCUUCAUCAAAACGGUUGAAGGUAGAGCCUUCUUUUCAACCAGUGGUCCCUGAGACUGAAAUUUGUAAAAAAGAGACAGAGUUAUCUCAGGAUGCGGAAAGAAAGGAUCAUAUGCAGAAGGAUGCACUGAAGUCAGAGAAGUUGGAAGUGAAAGAAGAAAUUCCUGAUAUUUCUGUUCAAGCAGGAUUCACCAUCAACGAGAUAAAACAUGAAGCUGUUGAAACCAAGCCUAGGCCUGUCAGUGAACCAGGCCAACAUGAUUUAUCUGGUGCCUCGCUAAAGCAAGAAAACAUAAAAAUGGAGAAAGAGCCGAAGGAAGAAGUUCUGGUGGAGUCUUCUGACGUUGUUGCAUCAAAACCUGGAAAACCGAAGAUAAAAGGUGUUUCUUUAACUGAAAUGUUCACUCCAGACCAAGUGAGAGAACAUAUUCUUAGUCUUCGUCAGUGGGUUGGCCAGAGUAAAGCCAAAGUAGAAAAGAAUCAGGCCAUGGAAAAUUUAAUGAGUGCGAAUUCCUGCCAGUUAUGUGCGGUGGAGAAGCUUACAUUCGAGCCACCUCCUCUUUAUUGUACUCCUUGUGGUGCUCGUAUCAAAAGAAAUGCAAUGUACUAUACUGUUGGAGCUGGUGAAACUCGUCAUUACUUUUGUCUUCCAUGUUUUAAUGAAUCCCGAGGAGAGACAAUACUCGCUGAAGGAACUUCAAUACCGAAGGCAAAACUCGAGAAAAAGAGAAACGAUGAAGAGACUGAAGAAGCGUGGGUCCAGUGUGAUAAAUGUGAGGCCUGGCAGCAUCAGAUAUGUGCUCUAUUUAAUGGGCGGAGGAAUGAUGGGGGGCAAGCUGAGUACACCUGCACAAGGUGCUAUAUAACUGAGGUGGAGCAAAAUGAGAGAAUUCCUUUACCUCAAAGUGCUGCUCUUGGAGCAAAAGACCUGCCAAAGACGAUCCUUAGUGACCAUAUAGAGCAGCGUUUAUUUAAAAGACUGGAGCAGGAAAAGACUGAGAGAGCCAGGGCUAAAGGAAAAAACUAUGAUGAGGUUCCAACUGCUGAAUCCCUUGUGGUUAGAGUUGUUUUAUCCGUUGACAAGAAGCUGGAAGUCAAAUCUCGAUUUCUUGAAAUUUUUAGGGAGGAUAAUUUCCCCACUGAAUUUCCAUACAAGUCUAAGGUUGUUCUAUUGUUUCAGAAGAUCGAAGGUGUAGAAGUGUGCUUGUUUGGGAUGUAUGUCCAAGAAUUUGGAUCCGAAUGUUCAUCUCCUAAUCAUCGCCGUGUAUAUCUCUCGUAUCUGGAUUCUGUGAAGUACUUUAGACCUGAGAUUAAAACAGCUAAUGGAGAGGCUCUGCGCACUUUUGUAUACCAAGAAAUUCUUAUUGGUUACCUGGAAUACUGCAAAAUGCGUGGUUUCACUAGCUGCUACAUAUGGGCUUGUCCACCACUGAAGGGUGAGGACUAUAUCCUAUAUUGCCAUCCAGAAAUUCAGAAAACGCCAAAGUCUGAUAAACUACGGGAGUGGUACUUGGCAAUGUUGAAAAAAGCUGCAAAGGAAGGGAUAGUAGUGGAAACGACAAAUCUAUAUGACCAUUUUUUCUUGCAAACUGGUGAAUGUAGAGCUAAGGUUACGGCAGCUAGGCUCCCGUAUUUCGAUGGUGACUAUUGGCCAGGUGCAGCAGAGGAUAUCAUACAACAAAUGAGUCAAGAAGAUGAUGGUAGAAAAGGAAAUAAGAAAGGAAUACUCAAGAAACCCAUUACAAAAAGAGCUUUGAAAGCGUGUGGCCAGUCUGGUCUGCCUGGGAAUACGUCUAAAGAUUUGCUGCUAAUGCAUAAACUUGGUGAGACCAUUCAUCCAAUGAGGGAGGAUUUUAUCAUGGUUCACUUGCAGCAUUCUUGCACGCACUGCUGUGCACUGAUGGUAACUGGAAACCGUUGGGUCUGCAACAUGUGCAAAGAUUUCCAGUUAUGUGAUGGGUGCUAUGAGGCUGAUCAGAAACGAGAGGACAGAGAAAGGCAUCCUGUUAACCAAAAGGAUAAACAUACACUGUAUCCUGUUGAGAUCACCGAUAUUCCAGCAGACACUACGGAUAGAGAUGAGAUACUUGAAAGUGAAUUUUUCGAUACGAGACAAGCAUUCCUGAGUCUUUGUCAAGGAAACCAUUAUCAGUAUGAUACACUAAGGCGAGCAAAACAUUCUUCCAUGAUGGUGCUUUAUCAUCUGCACAAUCCAACUGCUCCUGCAUUUGUCACAACAUGUAACGCAUGCCAUCUCGAUAUUGAAAGUGGUCAAGGCUGGCGCUGUGAAGUUUGCCCAGACUACGAUGUAUGCAAUACUUGUUACAGUAAAGAGGGCGGUGUGAAGCAUCCUCACAAGUUGACAAACCAUCCAUCACUAGCUGAUCAAGAUGCUCAGAAUAAAGAAGCUAGGCAAUUGCGCGUCUUGCAGCUAAGGAAAAUGCUUGAUCUUCUUGUGCAUGCGGCGCUAUGCCGUGCUAUGUAUUGUCAAUAUCCCAAUUGCCGUAAAGUGAAGGGACUAUUCAGACAUGGCAUCCGUUGCACAACACGUGCUGCAGGUGGUUGUGUUCUUUGCAAGAAAAUGUGGUAUCUCUUGCAAAUCCAUGCUCGAGCCUGUAAGGAAUCAAAUUGCAAUGUGCCUCGAUGCGGGGACCUAAAGGAACAUCUGAGAAGGUUAGCGCAGCAAUCAGAAUCACGGCGGAGAGCAGCAGUGAUGGAGAUGAUGAGACAGAGAGCUGCAGAAGUCGCUGGGACUUCCGGUUAAGAAGAUAGAAGAAGCUGGUGUGUCUCUGAGCUCACUCAAAGGAAGUUAUGGUAAAGCAGAAAUAGAGUGUAUAUAAUAAAUCAAUGGAUCACCGACCAAUCAAAGCUUCAUAUAGAGUCUUGGAAUCUGAUUUAUUCCUUUCUGCGACCUGACCAGAGAGCAUAAGUUAAGCAUCUAAGAAGAUUCUUCUACAUCAGUGGCCCUUAGGCUGAGAAACCCUUCCAAGUCACUGUGACUUGCACUUCUUUUUGUAGCCUGGUGUAUUUCAUAAAACGCCUUAGCAACAAUCCGCUGAUUAUGUAUAAGUAGUUUCUUAACUUUCUAGGCAAGUAAGAUGAAGGGAGUGUCUACGGAUACGUCUCUAACAUUUUUGAUGCUCUGUAUUAAUAACAUUUUCCAUAUCUUUAAUUCAAAUAGGUUCUGGCUUAGCAAA